ACAAUACAUUCAUGACAUUUGCAAGUGGCCCUCACAAUUAUCCCCACCAAAAAGCAAACUGAGUAAAGAUGAUGGAAGAAUCUGGUGAUCAUAUUGGCAUGGUGGUACCACAAAUAUUUGUGGAACGUACCUUGGCGAUAAUAAAGCCAGAUGCGGUGCAUAGAGCAGAAGAAAUUGAAGACAUCAUUUUGAGAUCUGGCUUCACAAUUUUACAGAAAAGAAGAGUGCACUUGACACCAGAGCAAGCCAGCGAUUUUUACGCAGAACACUUUGGAAAAUUAUUUUUCCCCAGCUUGGUAGCAUACAUGAGUAGUGGUCCAAUCAUAGCAUUUGUUUUAUCAAAAGAAAAAGCCAUCACAUACUGGAGGGAGUUAAUUGGACCGACUAACACACUUAAAGCCAGACAGACACAUCCAGACUGUCUGCGAGCAAUCUAUGGUACAGAUGACCAGCGCAAUGCCCUCCAUGGAAGUGACAGUCUCAGCAGUGGAGAGAGAGAAAUUAGAUUCUUCUUCCCAGAUAGUGUGGUGGAACCAAUCCCAACUGGUCAGGCUGCAAGGGACUACCUAUCCAAGUCUGUCAACCCGACUCUACUCAAGGGUCUCACGGAACUCUGCAAACAAAAGCCGUCAGAACCAGUUACCUGGCUAGCUGAUUGGUUAUUGGAGAAUAACCCAAACAAACCAAGAGUUGGAGGACAACCUCGUGUGGAAGAGCCUUUGUAAACAGUUUUGGAUUGAAAAAGACUUUGCAUAUCAUGAAAAACUCAAAUAAAGUUACAUCCAUGCAGCAGCCACAUUCAGAAAUAACUAUUGCGGUUUUUGCUUGGAAUUUUUUCAAAAAAUAUAGAUUUAUUGUUUGGGUUUUGUAGCGACCAGUUUUGCUCGAAUCUCGCAGUCUGGUGGUUUGAAAGAGUCAAGAGCAGCAUCUUUCUUUCAUUGUUGAAUCUAGAUACUUUGAAUUGGUUGGUGUCUCUAACUGGUUAGAGGCGGUUGGCCUUGGAAUCAUUAUUAAUGCCCAUAUUUGGUAUUUGUUCUCAAAAUUCACUUCUAGCAAAAUAAUUCAGCAUGAGAGACCGGUUUCCCAGAGUGUGAAGGUCAUUCUGACAUGGUACUUGUAUAUUUCCUGUAAAUAGGUAUGAUAUUAUUAUUGAACAUAUUUAACCACAAUGUCAAUGUAUUUUGUCUUUGAUACAAAGAUACAAUAAAAUGUCGACUU